AUGGCCAUCUCCAAGAAUAACCCCAUCCUUAAGAACCACUUCCGGAAGAACUGGCAGGAGCGUGUCAAGACCCACUUCGACCAGGCCGGCAAGAAGGUCUCUCGCCGCAAUGCCCGUGCCAAGAAGGCUGCCGCUGUCGCUCCCCGUCCUCUUGACCUUUUGCGUCCCGUUGUCCGUUGCCCUACUCUGCGUUACAACCGCAAGACCCGUGCCGGCCGCGGUUUUUCCCUUGAUGAGCUCAAGGCUGCUGGUAUCCCCCGCAACUACGCCCGCACCGUCGGUAUCGCUGUCGACCACCGCCGUCAGAACCGCUCCGUUGAGGGCUUUGAGCUCAACGUUGCCCGCUUGAAGGACUACAAGGCUCGUCUUAUUGUCUUCCCCCGCAAGGCUGGCAAGCCCAAGAAGGGCGAUGCUUCCAAGGCUGACAUCGAGGCUGCUACCCAGGUUACCAUUUCUGCCGCCUUCCCCAUCGUCAAGGAGACCAUCGAGAUCACCACUGCCCCCGUCUCUUCUGUUCAGACCACCGAUGCUUACCGCACCCUCCGUCUGGCCCGCUCUGAGGCUCGUUACGCCGGUGCUAAGGCUGCCCGUGCUAAGGCCAAGGCUGAGGCUGAGAAAUAA